UCCAGCACUUUCAUCCGUAUCUUUACGGACAUAAGUUUCUUCUAGUGACUAAUCACGAGCCACUGCUGGCUCUGAAGAGACUCACUAACUACACUGGUAUGCUUGGGCGUUGGGCGGUACGCCUACAGGAGUACGAUUUCGACAUCGUCCAUCGAAAGACGGAGAGGCACGGGAACGCCGACGGGUUGACACGUUUGCAUCGACCCACUAAGUUCUUCAGCACCACUGGGGUGUAUGCAGCAGCAGAGUUCCGUUUUGCGGCGCAUAGCCGGACACUCGUGUUGGCCGAGGCAUCGGCUUAUCGACGGCUUUCGGCGCUAGGGGUCAGCCACAGGUCUACCGUCGUCGUCUUCAGCGGGGACAUCAACGCGCUGGAUCCUACAAGGCAUACGAUAAUCCAGAAAUCGCUAAGGGAGUGGUGUGAACAACUAGCACAGGAGUGGAGUCGGUGGCUUGCGCGACACAACGACAACCUCAUCGUCACCAACAACGUCGAUGUCGGCGGGCUCCGCACUGAGCAUCGUACCGCGAGAGAGAGCGUGGAGCUGCGAUUCAUCCAGACCUGGAGAACAGAGGUGGAAGGAGAUCUCCUCGGAUUCAUCUUCGGAGCGGUAGAGCCAGGCCACCGGCAGACGAUCGUGUGGGAACUCACGAUCCCAUUUGCGCAGCUGGUCAACGACCUCCCCCUCGACAUCAUAUCGCAGUGUGACGAGAGCCCAGUGCCGCACGUUCUCUCGCGAAGAUUAACGCCGUAUUUGCAGUGGUCAGCCUGCUUGGAGGAUCGAACGGGAGGUGGCAGCUACCCAUUGCGUGCGGAGUACCUGAACCCUCGGGGGAUCAUCGACGUCCUCUUCUUUUCGUCUCGAACAGCGGUGGAGGAGAGAGUUGUGGCAGAAGAAGCGGAGGUGGAGGACGAAAGCGAAGAAGAAACCACGGAGGAGGAAGGAAGCUACAGUAAGUACUGCAAGGAAGAAUCGGGGGCGGAGAGUGAAAAAGAAGAAGAAGAAGAAGAUCAGUUGGAGGAAGAAGAAGGAUCUGAGUGGGAGACUCUGAGAGAGGAGGCGGAUCACGCAGAGUCUCAAGAGGAGGAUCACGAGGCGGCAGCGAGUCAGAGAGAAGAAAUCGCGGCCGGGAAGCAGCCACUGGAGUACGCGAGCGGCGCGGAUCUGCCGAUCCCGAACGACCCGACCAAGGAUCCCGAGCCACCCAAGAACGACAAUGGGGACUCUGCUGUCGAGAAUUCGAGCGCACCGGCACACAGCCAACGGAGCCGAUCCCCCUCCCCAUCCUCCCGUCCCCCAGUUCGAACACGUGUCGAUGUGGGGCAUCGGGCUUCGUCCCCGGUCGUUAUCCCUCCGUCCCCUUGAUUUCCUCACCCUCCGCCAAAUUACCAUC